UCCUGUAAAUAAUACAUCUGUUAGCCGUAGCGGUGCACUGGGCUAUUAUUCCACUUAUUCCCCGCGGAGAGCAGCUUUAUCCAGAUGCUGUCAGCACACCGUGGAGGGGGGCAGUCCGCUGGCAGCCUGCCCGCUGUCGACCACCUCGCCGGGCUCACCUCAGCCUGAUAGUUAGCUGGUUAGGGCGCUAGCAUUAGCUAGCCACUGAGCUAAUCAGAGGUUAACUGGCUUUACGGGAGGAACCAGCUCGUCUCCAGAGGCCUGUAUCUGACCGGCUGGACAUUUGAAAUGACUUUCAGCUGCAGCCUCUAACCGCAGGGAGGUGUAUCUCAGAUCGCAGGCCAAGCUUGCCUUGAUGUUGGACCUCCUGCCCAGCAUGCAGCCAUGAGCUCUGUCCUGUGGAGCCAGGAGAAGCCCAGCGGGGGCUUCAGGGAGGACUGGCGCUUCUACAUGGUCGUGAAGGAGUGUACGGUGGAGAAACCUCCCCAGAAGACCCUGCGGAUCCCCCGUGGCAGUCUUGGCCAAGCAUGCCAGGAGCGCAACAGCCUGGGCCGAACUCUGCCCCAAUGCAAAGGCAAGAAAAGCAUCCGCAUUCUGGACCAGACCAAUGUGGUGCUGAGCCUGGACGAGCGGGAUGUGCAGGAGCUGGACGAGAAGCUGGCUGAGCUGCUGUUCCCCAUUACCAACUGUGAGGAGAGAUACGCCCUGCUCUGCAACAACUCUCGCCUAGUGCGCUGCUGUGAUAUUGACUGUGGUUCCAAAGUGCGCGUCCAGCUGCGCUCAGGGGAUGAACCUCUGCCUGGUGUGGUCCGCUUCAAGGGCUCGCUGCUCCCUGACAGAGCCCUCUCUGGAAUCUGGUUUGGAGUCGAGCUGCUGGAGGAGGGCCGGGGCCAAGGUUUCACGGAGGGCUCCUACCAGGGCCGCCAACUCUUCCGCUGUGAGGAUGAAUGCGGCGUGUUUGUGGCCCUGGACAAGCUUGAACUCUGGGAGGAUGAUGAUGACGGCACAGGCGAGCUAGAGGUGGACCAUGUCAAUCUAGUGGAAGAGGACCAGGACUUCCCUCCACUGGAGAUCAACUCCAGGGUCCUGGUGCAGACCAGGGACGGACCCGAGAGAGGCACAAUCAUUUUUUGUGACCUGCUGCCAGGAAAUGAGAGCCUGGGGUUCUAUGUUGGAGUUGACAUGGACAAUCCUAUCGGGGACUGGGAUGGUGUGAUUGACGGGAAGCUGCUGUGUAAUUUUGCCAGUUUGGAACACACUCGACUUGUCCCCAUCUGUGACGUGAUGCCAGAAUAUUCCAUGCAGGACCAAAGGCUGCAAAAGCACAGUUUUGCCCCCAGAGGCACCAACAGUGACAAGUUGUCCUCUGGCCAAAGCAAACCAAAGAGCAAAGUUGGGGAGGACCCCGCCAAAUCCCUUACUGACACGCCCCCCGACUUCAACCAAUCCUCCCCGCCCUCCAGAGCCCCACCCUCUGCCUCGUUGUCCAGUGACAACAAGUUCCACUCUCUGCCCUUUAGCCUGAACCGGAAGACCGGGCCCAUCGACAGCAUGAGCCAUGGGCCUCUCUCCCUUUCUGUCCAGUCGGUGAUGGGAGAGCAGCCUGAGGCGCCGUCGCCCGCUGCUCCUCCCUCACCACGACCGCCGACGCCUCCCCGAGGUCAGCCAGGUCUGGAGGUGGGCUCUCUGGUAGAGGUGAAGGAGAACCCCCCUCUGUGUGGUGUCAUUCGCUGGGUGGGUCUGCCUCCUGGCCUGCCGGAGCCUCUCGCCGGGCUGGAGCUGGAAGAAGAGUGUCCUGGUUGCACUGACGGAACCUUCAAAGGCACGCGGUACUUCACCUGCCCACCCAAAAAAGCCUUGUUUGUGAAGCUCAAGUGCUGCCGGCCCGACUCCCGCUUCCCGUCCCUGCACCACUCCUCCAACCCCAUAGAGAGGUGCAACUCCAUCGCAUUUGGGGGUUACCUGAGUGAGGUUGUACAUGAGAACACGCCCCCCCGCACAGAGCACGAUGGUUUGGAUGUCAUGGUGGGAAAAAAGAAAGGCAUCCAGGGCCACUACAACUCUUGCUACCUGGAUUCAACUCUCUUCUGCCUUUUUUCAUUCAGUUCUGUACUGGACACGGUUCUUCUGAGGCCACGAUCAAAGACUGACGUAGAAUAUUACAGAGAGACUCAGGAGCUGUUACGCACAGAGAUAGUCAACCCCCUGCGCAUACACGGGUAUGUUUGUGCCACGAAAGUGAUGAAGCUACGGAGGAUACUGGAGAAAGUAGAAGCUGCCUCUGGGUUUACCUCUGAAGAAAAAGAUCCUGAGGAGUUUCUCAAUAUCCUUUUCCAUCACAUACUGAGGGUGGAUCCAUUGCUCAAGCUAAGGUCGGCAGGACAGAAAGUCCAGGACUGUUACUUUUACCAGAUCUUCAUGGACAAGAAGGACAAGGUGGGAGUUCCCACCAUCCAGCAGCUCCUCGAGUGGUCCUUCAUCAACAGUGACCUGAAGUUUGCAGAGGCUCCCUCCUGCCUUAUCAUCCAGAUGCCCCGGUUCGGCAAGGAAUUCAAAAUGUUCAACAAGAUUUUCCCCUCACUAGAGUUAGACAUCACAGACCUCCUUGAAGACACUCCGAGGGAAUGUCGAAUCUGCGGAGGCCUGGCUUUGUACGAGUGUCGAGACUGCUAUGAGGACGGGGAUAUCACCGCUGGCAAGAUCAAACAGUUCUGUGAAAAGUGCAAUACACAGGUUCACCUCCACCCGAGGAGAAAAACCCAUCGGCACGGCAAACUGUCCGUCCCCAAGGAGCUGCAAGACGGCACGGGUCGGCAGGGCAGUUUCCCCCGUCAGAGGAUGGAGCUGUUCGCCGUGCUGUGCAUCGAGACCAGUCACUACGUGGCCUUCGUCAAGUACGGCAGCGCAGACUCAGCCUGGCUCUUCUUUGACAGCAUGGCGGACCGUGAUGGAGGGCAGAACGGCUUCAACAUCCCGCAGGUGUCUCCCUGUCCAGAGGUGGAGGCCUACCUGAAGAUGACCCCAGAGGAGCUGCACGCUCUGGACCCCAAGAGCAUCCAGGGCCAGGCCCGACGCCUGCUGUGCGACGCCUACAUGUGCAUGUACCAGAGCCCGACCAUGAGCCUGUACAAGUAGAACCCUCUCCCCCAAAACCCCAACCCCUCCAUUCCUGGCCCUCAGCCACACCAACUCCCCUUCCCCCCAGGGCAGGAGAUUCCCAGAAAGACCAAAAAAUACAAAAAUAAACUGAAAGAAGAAAGGCUGCCUGCCAGCAGGGGGGCUGUCUGGAGUUAACCCUCUCCACCCCACCUUUCCUCAAUGCCUGCCCAUUUCCGGAAGUUGUGGAGAUGCAAGAAAGAGGGGGAGAAGCCUAUUUGCACUGUGCAUUAGUUCAAAUGUCGUGUUCUUCAUGUAGUCCUAUGUAGCUUCCCUGUGUCUCACAGCUGAGCGUUGGCGGCGGAUGACGAAGCAGGCUUUAUGAAGAUUCCCUCCCUUUUCUUGGAGGAAGGAGGAGGAUCAGAAGGGGGGGGGGGGCAUGUUUGCAACGUUGUGGCCGACAAAACAUGCAACAAAAACAAGACAAGAGACCUCAUUUACCUUAAGAAAAGAGGAGUCCUGCUUUUCUUAAUCACUGUAAGAGACGGGAGACGCCAGGUUCAGGAAGCAGAUCAGCGCACAAACCCUCGUCCAGCUUGUGUGUUCUGUCAGAAACACUUGUGUAAACUCUCUCAGUAGCAUAGAUUUCUCCGGGUAGUAAAACAUCAGUGUAGAAUCUACUGUGCAGUUGCAUUAAGACCAUCCUGCUCUUCGUGAAACAGUUUACAUAUUUCUCCAUCACACUGUGUAAAUGUCUUUACUGUACAUGUUUUGCAGAAACAGAUGUAGCCAUUGUAAAAGUCUCACGUCAUUACUGCAUAUAUAUAUAUUAUAGUCGUACUCAACCAAUGCUGCACUUUUGUUCUAUCCCCAAGUGGACUUAUAGGAAACAUUUAGGUUUUUGCUCUUUAGUUUUUUUUUGCUCUGCCAUUGGAAGUGGCAGCGAGUGCAAAUUUGUUGUUGGGGAGACUUCAGAGAUUUGUGUUACAGAAUACAAAUGCGCUUCUCCUCUGUAGCUGUAAAGAAUGGGCUGCAUUGCUAAUGCAGAGUAGAUGCCAGAUAAAUGCAUGAAGGGAGACUUGUACAAUGGCUCCUGUUGUAAUGCUCGGCUGGUGGAGCACUCCAUGCGUUCGUAGGGUCAAUGAGGUGAAAUACUGGAAGUAAGAGUGUGUGCGUGUGCGUGUGUGUGUGUGUGUGUGUCGUGAAGAAUUUCACAUGCAGUGUUUUUAGUCUCGUUGUGUUGAUGACUAAAUCUAAAUUAUAUUUUAUGUUCGUGAAGCCUUUUCUCUGCCCGGUCAUGGUGUCUCUGACUUCCUGCGGGUGAAGUGGAGCAAGUGUCGACUCGCUGCCUUUUCAUGAAGAUGCGACAUGUUUCCAGCCAUUCGCCAGAUAACUAAUGAACUGUGUUCAGAUAUUAUUAUUUAUUAUAUUCUAAUCAUAUUACAGAACUCAUGUUGUCCCUUUUCAAGAAACGACACAGGGGUUAAAGACACUGUAAGGUUUGGGUACUCCUUGUCCACUGUAUAUUGAAGUGAGUUUUUGUAGUUUACGCUGUCUCAAAGCAACUACUGAAUGUUAAUAUUGAAACGUCGGAACAGUGUGGCGUUGACAGAGGAUUGCAAAUGAAGUGGCACGAGGCUGGUAACCUUGGGUCUCCAUGUCUAUGUAUUUAAAGAAUUAAAAGCUUGAUCCAUUGUAUCCCAGUUUUGCAGAAUAUACGUAAACCAACUAUACCCUGAGAUAUGAAGUAGUUGUUGGUUCUUUUUAAUAAAUCUCACAACAUUGGAUCAAACCGAUCGACCCAUCGCAGAUGUUGGGAUCAGCAUUUCGUGCAUUUGCUCAAAGUCACAACUUAAACAUGGACUCAGUUGUAAGCUAAAGGAAAUGAUGUAAAGGGUUUUAUAAGUUGGGUUCCAGCUGACAACGUCCAUGUAGUUGUGAGUGUCCACUGUCCCAGGGAUUCAGACAGAGGACCUUGUUUAGUGCACGGCUGAAGCUCAUCGCUGACUGGAACCUUGUUUUCUGUGAGAGACGUCUCGGAGCAGAUGAUUUAGGUUUUUCUGUUGCAUCUGUACAUUAUAGACAUACAGUAUGUAACGGGUGGGAAAUUAAUGUCCGUGAUGUUCCUGUAAAUGUUAACAAAAUAAAGCCCAUUUUGAAGGGUAAGCA